AUGAACAUCGUGUCUUCAGAGUCAGAAAAGGAUAAAGAAAGUGAAACAUUCUUUCACUUGUAAGAUUUUGCUUCCUUCACAAACACACUUACCAAAUUGUUUAACCAUACUGUGAAUACUCAGAUCAUCUCAGUGGCUGUGGAAGCAGCUGGUUAUGUUAAGGAUGUCAUUGAACAGAUGCUCAAAAGUUUUAAGGAGAUGCAAUCUAUAGUGGAUAGAAAGGAUGACAAAAUGCAAAAGGAACUUUUUCCCCCCAAAAUUGCAACAGCUUUGCGUGCAGUGGUUGAGAAAAGCACCAAUUAAGUAAAGGAGUUGCAUCAGUUCGCCAAAGAAGGCUUCCAGAAUGUCCGUAUUCCAGUCAUGUCUUUGCUGAAUGGUGGUAACAAUCUUGGGAGUUUGGAAUCUUCUCUUUCAUUCUUGAUGAAGUGUCCCAUCAUGAAUCUUCAGUUAACGGACUUUUAUAGAAAAGACACCAAAGAGUAAUCAGAUGCCACCACAUCUUAGAAAAGCUGAAGUGCAGGUUCAUCCACCACUACAGUGGUCACCUUAGAAAAGUUGCAGGAUGCACUGAAACCUGAGAAUGCCAAGAAUACCGUGGAGUCAGCUGCAGAUUUGUUGGGCUAUGUCGGAACUAUGGGACCAGUCUUAGAUCUCCUCCAAAAAGUCAUAAAGACUAUAGAAACUAGUAUUUCUGGGUUUAAGAAAGCAAAUGAAUGA